ACAGUGAACUCUUCCCUGUAUGUCUUGUUAAUAUAGAGUCAGACACUAGUUGAUGAUAAUGUGCUGCUCAUCACACACUGACAUAACACGGGACUGCUGACUGAACUGACUCGAGGCAGAGCAGAUCAUUUCUUGGUGUCGAUCGGGUGGCAUCAGUCUCUUCCGUGGGAAACUCUCUCUAAUAGGAACCAUCACAUCACACAGCAGCAACAAGCUCGCUCUAAAUGCGGACAUGGGUGUUCCUCCAGACAUGCAUCUCCACGCAUUUCUGUUCCUGCUUUUAUAAUUUCGACAGCACCGUGGGCCACGCAUGUUUUUGCUUUUUUUCCUGAUAACUUUGACACAGAAAGUGGAUUAUUUGUGGCUGUAAUUUUGCAGGAAUGGUUGACAGGAGCGUGUCGCGUCCUCCUGCUCAUCCUGCUGCUGCUGCCUUUGUAGGAAACAACUUCAAACAGCCCUCCAGGCUUUGACCACCACCAUGCUCACCAGUUUCAUGGUUUAUUAACAACAAAAAACACAAAAAGGGACAUAAUGAGCAACCACAAGGGCGGCGGGAUGGCAUCGAAAGAAAGGCUGUAUGAGCUGUGGAUGUUAUAUUACACCAAGAAAGACGUGAGCUAUCUGCAGCAGUGGCUGGAGGCGUUCGUGGCAUCCUUUGAGACGCUCAUCGAUGUGCAGUCACUGGAGCCUCGGGGGCUGGAGGAGUGCAGCUCGGAGGUGCCCCUGCUCCCCAAGGAGGUCCUGGAGAUCCUCGGCACCCAGCUACGGCAGAGCGCAGGUCACCUCUCCGACCCUGCCGAGCCCAACGGCACCACCCCUCACCCCCUGCUCCUCAUCAAGUUCUUCAUCAUUGUCUGCAGGAAUAUGGAGAACGUCGACCCAGAAGAGACCCCUGAAUUUGUUUUUGAGACCAUCAAGCUUGUGAAUUUGUGUUUGGACCAGCUGAAGAAGGGACAAGGGGAGCAGUCGUCUCUGCAGAUGGUUGUGCAGUAUGGACUCGUGCUGUGUGAAAGUCUGUUUGACCCUUAUCAGACGUGGAGGAGACGCCUGGCAGGGGAGGAGGUGAGCUUGCCGGAGAGGAACAAGUACAAGUUCUCCCCGCUGGCCUUGCCAGAGGAGCUGCCGGUUCUCUUCCACGAAAGUCUCCAGGAAAGCGAUCAGAUCCCAGAGCUCCUCACACUCCGAUUUGUUCACCUCCAGGGUGCCGUCAUCAGUGGAGGAAAGAAGAAUGGCCUUCUCUUCAUCACGCCUCACUCUCUUGAGGACCUGUUCUCUGUCCUGCGAGCGUGGUGCUGCCGAACCUCCCCUGAACCCAAGAGCACGGCGCUCCUGCGGCUGACCCUGCAGUGCCUGACGGCGAUGAUCCACCUCCUGCACUCCAGCAGUCCUGCGGAGCGGCAGGUGGAGAUCAGGACGAUAUUGGAGAGCUACUUCCAGCUCCUCAACUGGAAUCGUCCGAUUAGCAGCGAGCAGCAGGAGAAGCAGAGCUGGGAAGAAAGUCUCCUCUCCCUCCAGAGACAAAUGCUAACUGCUGUUCCUGAGAUCCUGCAGUGCUCUGACAGACCCGUCCUGCAGGCCGUGUUCCUCAACAACAACUGCUUUGAACACAUCCUCAGGCUCAUUCAGAACAGCAAGCUCUUUCAGAGCAACACGCGAAACCCGGAGUGUGAGGUUGUGUGUGACCUCACUACAUGUUUACUCUCAGAGGUCGAAGUGGACCAGGUUUGGGAGAAAGGAUCAGACAGUAUUACAGUUCACGCCUUAGGAGUCCUCACAGCCAUAAUGAGUAACUCGCCCUCUGCUAAGGAGGUUUUCAAGGAGAGGAUUGGCUACUCCCAGCUGUUUGAUGUGCUGAAGAGUCAAGGUCAACCCACCAAACGGCUGCUGCAGGAGCUGAUGAACAUGGCAGUGGAGGGCGAGCACGCCCACGCCCAUCACCUUGGCAUUAGUAACGAGCAGCCUCUGCUGCUGCUACUGCAGUGGCUGCCUGACCUGUCGGGUCAGAGGGACCUCCAGCUGCUGGUGGCCCAGUGGCUGGCCACCGUCUGUGGUGGCUCCUUAUCCUGUCGCACCGUGGCCGUGGAGGCGGACAUGGUGGGGGCUCUGCUGCAGGUGCUCUCACAGCCCCAGAAUCUUGACCGGCAAUGUGCGGACGCCUUGCUGGGCCUCCUGCAGGACCUGGGCUCCCUGUGUCUGAGACCAGAGGAGCUGAAGAGCCUGCUCAGACUGCUCCGGGUGGAUCAGGACAAUGACGCAGUGGUGGGGAAGGUGCACCCCUACUGCGCUCGCAUCACCCAAGUGCUCUCGGCCAUGGCGGCCAGAGAAGGCCAGGACAGCGCCUUGCAGUACUUUGAUCUCACUCCCCCCAUGGCUGGUAUUAUGGUGCCCACGGUCCAGCGCUGGCCAGGCAGCGGGUUUGCCUUUCACGCCUGGUUCUGCCUCAACAUGGAUUUCCCCAACAAGCGUAAACCUCGAUCCUGCUCUGUAUCAGGGGAAAUGGGAAAAGGACCCCGCAGGAAGCAGCUCUACAGUUUCUUCACAGCAAGUGGAACCGGGCUGGAGGCCUUCUUCACCAUGGAAGCAGUUCUGGUGGUGGCUGUUUGCACUAAGAAAGACUACAUGGCUGUCGCUCUGCCAGAGUACCCACUAGCUGACUCAUGCUGGCAUUCAGUGGCUAUAGUCCACAUCCCUGGCCGUCGUCCAUUUGGUCAGAACCUGGUCAACAUCUACAUCGAUGGAGAGCUGCGUAAAACUGCUCAGCUCCGCUUUCCAUCUCUCAAUGAGCCUUUUACCUCCUGCUGCAUCGGAUCUGCAGGCCACCGGACCACUACCACCACCACCUCCCCCAACCUGCCCUCUUCCUCGUCCUCGAGCCCAACGUCUUCCGAGUUUGCCUUCCCCUCCUAUGGCCCUUCCCUCAUCCGCUCCCAGUCCUUCCCAGCCACCUUUGCAGGAGGCCGCUGGGGGCCUAUGGGAGAGUCCCAGGUGCACACCAUCCCAGCAGGACUGCAGGACACCGAGUGGGGGACACCCUCGUCUCUGGAUGGGCUCCUGGGCACCGCCUUCAUCUGCCACGAGGUCCUGCAGCCGACACAGACAAGAGCGCUGCAUGCUGCAGGCCCCAAUCACGUGUCCUUAUUCAAAGCGGAGGGCGAGUUAUCUGAUCUCAACAGUAGGCUUCUGCUCUACUACACUCCACAGGCCUUCAAGAGCCAGAUAUGUCUGGACCUGUCUCCCAAUCACCAAUAUGAUGGCAGGCUCACAGGACACAGGGUGGUGAACUGGGACAUCAAGGAUGUUAUAAACGUGAUGGGAGGUAUGGGGGUUUUGCUGCCCCUGCUGGAGCAGGUGUGUGAGGCCGAGCAGGUUAACAGCGGCAGUCAGGAGAUCUCCGACCAUCUGCUGGGACCAGAGCUCACCUCCCCCAGAGGGCCCACUGCCAUGCUGCUGCCACUGAACAAGUCACCAGAGGGCAGACUAGAGAGAAACAGCAUCGCUGCUUUCCUGCUGAUGGUGAAAAAUCUGAUCCGUCAUCACCCCGUCAAUCAGGAGAGCCUGCUGCACUGCCACGGGCCGAGCACCAUCGGAGCCAUGCUCAGCAAAGUUCCCGGCAGUAUGAUAGACAAGAACGUCUUAAUGGCCUGUCAGCUGCUGCUGGAGCAGGUUUUCAACGAGGGAAACAGCAAACUUCUACAGCAGCUCUACCACCACCUGCUCUUUGAUUUCCGCAUCUGGACUAAAAGCCAUUUUGCCGUUUGUCUGGCCCACAUGCAGUACCUGGGGUCUGUGAUACACAAAGGCAAGCAGCGCCUGAAGAGGAAGUACGGGGUCCAAUAUGUUCUGGAUACCAUUCGCACAUACUACAGUGCGGAGAAAGAUGGCAGCCCUCUGUCUGAGGAAAAGCAAACGAUUCAGUCCUCUCUGUUCUCCCUGCUGAAAGAAUUUCUCAAGUCUCCUUCCCCAGAGGAGCUCCACAGUGUCCUCGCCUACAUCCUGACUGUCGGAGAGGAGAAGCAGGUGGUGAGGGCCUUGGAUGUGCUCUAUGACCUCAUGAGGAGCAGCCCUCUUCGUGAGCAGGUGCAGGCCGUGCUGCUGGAGUGGGGCGUGGAGCAGCUGUACUGCCUGCUGCUCACGCCGAGCUACGGAGACGAGGCCAGAGAGAGGGUCUUCAGGGUUUUAUACAAAAUCCUCAAAAGCGAGCGAGUGGCUGAGCGCAACAAGCAGCGCAUCAAGCUGAAGGAUUUCGGUUAUCUUGGCCUGGUUUGCUUCCUUGAUGAAAUCCCGGUUACCAUGACCACAGUGCGAUGUCUGUACGAGCAGGUCCUAGCGACAGAUGCGACUCCUAACUUCAGAGACCUCCUGGCUGUGGUCUGGCUGUCCCAUCGAGCAGAGCUCACUGUCCGCUUAGACAUCUGCCGCAAGCUCUUCCAUCUGAUCUACUCCAACGACGAUUACGUGAAGCAGCUCGCCAAGCAGCCCGGCUGGCAGGAUGCUUUGACCAAGCUCUACGUGAAAGAGUGCUACGAGUCCCACGCCGCCAGCAUCGCAGGCUCCAGCUCCCACAGCUCCUGCGAGCCGAACUACCGGCCGCCGCUGCGCAAGGAGCAUGCUGUGGUGAUAGAGGACGCGCACCCGGACAUCUUCAUGAGUUACCACACCUCGCAGGACAUUGAGGACGAGGAGGAGGAGGAUGAAGGUGGCCCACGGGACAACUCUGAGGAGUUCUCUGAUUUAUCCCAGUCGCCUCCAAGCGGAGGUGGAGGUCCGCUUAAAAACUUCACCGGCUCCCUCCAUUUCAAGUCGUUUGACUCGGUGGACCAGGGGAGCCACUCGUCCUCCAAUGCGGUUGAUAUCCCCACGUCUCGCCCUGACGAGGAGGGGAGAGACUACCAACCCCAGUCCCCCUUUGGUACCCCGUUUGAUAUGGAGCUAGGCGGCAUGGGAGACACUGGCACACACACUCCUGCAGAUAGCCUGACAAACACACCAUCUCCUCUCGAGCACUGCAAAGCCUUUCCACCUGACAGACCAAGGAAGAGCUCCAGUCUGUCCAACGUGCUGGACGAUACCAGCUACGGGACAGACCCUCCAACUGGAGACACAAUCUCCAAUACGUCCAACCCACAGCAGACCCCUGAGGAGGAACUUUGCAACCUGCUAACCAACAUCGUCUUCUCCGUGCCGUGGAACCGCAGCGGGGCGGAGGUGGCUGAGGAUGUUGUUUGGAGAGAGAGAGGACAGGUGUUUUCUGUUCUCACCAAACUGGGCUCCUCCUGCCAACUGGUCCGCCCUCCUGAUGACAUCAAACGCAGUCUGUUGGAGAUGAUGCUGGAGUCGUCUUUGUCAGACCUGAGGGACGCCCAGGGAGUGACUCUGCCUUUCUGUCCCAGUCUGGUUCGGCUCCUCAGGCUGCUGCAGGACGUCCUGUUUGCUGAGGGAACAGACAACCACACGCUGUGGAGUGAAAAGAUAUUUGAAGGGGUGGUGAACCUGCUGGACAAGUUACAGGCCUGGCAUAGCACCCCUGGCAGCCCCGGGAACACCGAACUGAAGGAAAUGGCCCAGAUCGGCCUGCGUAUAAUAACAGGAUACAUCCGACAGCAGCACUCACAGGUGUGUGUGAUGGCCUACGUGAAGCUCCACAGCCUCCUCCAGACUGUGCUGUGUCUGAGCUGGGAGGAGGUGUGCUUCCUGCUGGGGCAGUUGGGUGCCCCCCUGUGGCCAGGAGGCGUAAUGGACAACACAGACAGUGCACAUGAGGAGACUUUCUCCCAGCUUGUGCCCAUUGUGCGCACGCUGCUUGACCAGCACGCUGACCCCGUCACCAUCCAAAAGCUACUGCCCAACCUGCCCAUCACUAACGGCAGCACCACCUUCGCCGAGGACCUGAAGGCCUUCUGUCACACAGCGGAGUGGCAAGGCUUUUACCAGCAGCAGGUCCAGCCCACCAUGGUGCAGUAUGAGCAGGAUACGUUUGGGAGGAGCCACGACAUCAUGUCCAAUUUCUGGAACUCCUGCUUCGAUGACCUGAUGAGUACGGCCUUUAGACGGGACAAAGAAAGAUCAGACAGCAAGUCCAAGUUUCAGGAAGUGAUCGUGGAUCCUUGUAUGAAGCGAGUCAGAAGUGAGAACAGCAGGUACCACAGCUGGCAGAAGCAGAGCUCCAGCCAGCAGGGGGUGGUGUGGCAGCACUGGAGAGCUCUUCGCAGGCUUUUGACCAGUGAGAGGGGAGCAUGGGCCAACAAAGUUCAACCAGAGGUGAAAUUGAAAUUGUCCAAUGCGGAGACAUAUUCAAAGAUGCGUCUCAAACUUGUGCCCAACUUCAACUAUGAUCCUCACAUUGAGGCCAGUGCCCUGAGGGACAACAUGGGAGCUGACAGCCCUCGUAGCUCUGAACCCCUCCCGUUGGCUGUUGCAAAGGAGGCAAAAGUAAGCUACAUGGAGGACGAUCAGCUAGGGGAAGAGGACAUCGUCUUUUUGGAUAACAAGGUGGAGGGAGAAGACGAGAGUCAGAGAGAAAAACUGGUUCUGUCUGAGGACUGCGAGCUCAUCACCAUCGUGGCGGUCGUGCCGGGUCGUCUGGAGGUUACCACGCACCAUCUCUACUUCUACGAUGGCAGCAGUGAGAAAGAAGAGACAGAGGAAGGAAUCGGGUUUGAUUUCAAGAGACCGCUGUCUCAGCUCAGAGAAGUCCAUCUGAGGCGCUACAACCUGCGACGAUCUGCACUUGAGCUGUUCUUCAUAGACCAGGCUCAUUACUUCAUCAACUUUAGGAAAAAGGUACGAAACAAAGUGUACUCCAGGAUUCUGGGGCUGCGGCCUCCCAACCUGUUCUAUUUCGGCUCUCGCUCCCCCCAAGAGCUCCUGAAGGCAUCUGGGCUCACACAGAAAUGGGUCUGCAGAGAAAUCUCCAACUUCGAGUACUUGAUGCAACUGAACACCAUUUCUGGACGCACUUACAACGACCUGUCGCAGUAUCCUGUGUUCCCCUGGAUCUUGUGUGACUACACCUCUCCCAUUCUGGAUCUGGAGGACCCAUCAGUUUUCAGAGACUUGUCCAAACCAAUCGGUGUGGUCAACGCCCGCCAUGCACAGAAUGUCAGAGAAAAGUAUGAGAGCUUUGAGGACUCAACAGGCACCAUCGACAAAUUCCACUAUGGCACACACUACUCUAAUGCAGCAGGAGUCAUGCACUACAUGAUCCGCAUGGAGCCGUUCACAACUCUGCAUAUCCAGCUGCAGAGCGGCAGGUUUGACUGCGCAGACAGACAGUUCCACUCUGUGGCAGCGGCCUGGCAGGCUCGCAUUGAGAGCCCAGCUGACGUCAAAGAGCUCAUCCCGGAGUUCUUCUACUACCCAGAAGUCCUGCAGAACAUGAACGGCUUCGACCUGGGACGUUUGCAGAUAUCUCAAGACCCGGUGGCAGAUGUUCUGCUGCCUCGCUGGGCCUCAUCAAGAGAAGACUUCAUCAGGCAACACAGGAAAGCCCUGGAAUGUGAGCAUGUGUCCAAUCACCUCCAUGAGUGGAUUGACCUGAUCUUUGGUUACAAGCAGAGAGGCGAAGAGGCCGUGAACGCCCUCAAUGUCUUCUACUACUGCACAUACGAGGGAGCCGUAGAUCUGGAUGCAAUUGCCAACGAGACAGAGCGUAAGGCCCUGGAGGGCAUCAUCAGCAACUUUGGACAGACUCCCUGUCAGCUCCUUAAGGAGCCUCAUCCUCCUCGUAUGUCAUCUGAGAACGCAGCUAGGCGGCAGGCCCGCCUGGACACUCUGCCCCCGAACAUCUUUGAGCAGCUUGACAAACUUCGGCCAUUUGUGGAGGUGGUAAGCGAUGGCCUUCCUCUGAUUCAGGCGGUGGUACCAAAGAGCCAGAAUCGCUCCUCAAUCAUCCAGGGAUCAGAUAUACUGGUGACUGUGAGUUCAACCGGGUUGAUAGGAACACACAGCUGGUUGCCAUACGACAAAAACAUCGCCAACUACUUCACCUUCACUAAGGACCCGACCAUGACUAAUCCCAAAACGCAGCGAUUCUUGAGCGGACCGUUCUCUCCCGGGGUGGACAUCAGCGCUCAGGUGCUGGUGGUGUCCAACGACGGCCGCCUGCUGUUCAGUGGAGGACACUGGGACUGCAGUCUCCGUGUCACCCAGCUGGGGAAGGGAAAGCUGGUGGGCAGGAUCUGCCGGCACAUCGACGUUGUUACCUGCUUGGCUCUGGAUCUGUGUGGCAUCUACCUCAUCUCUGGUUCAAGGGACACAUCCUGUAUAGUGUGGCAGGUUCUACAGCAGGGUGGCUUCUCCAGCGGUCUGUCUCCUCGGCCGGUGCAGAUUCUCUGUGGCCACGACCAGGAGGUCACCUGUGUGGCCAUCAGCACUGAACUGGACAUGGCUGUCUCAGGGUCGAAGGAUGGGACUGUGAUAGUGCACACGGUCCGACGAGGCCAGUUCCUGCGAACGCUGCGGCCUCCUGGUGAUAGCUGUGUACCCGCCCACAUCUCUGAGCUCCAGGUGGGCAUGGAGGGCCACAUAGUGGUGCAGACCUCGCUGGAGGAACGCUCUAAUAGAAAGGGCAAGUACUCCAUUCAUGUUUACUCUGUAAACUGCUGUCUGCUGGCCUCCGUCACCAUGGAGGAGCAGGUGACUGCUCUCCACCUGGUGUCUGAGCACAUCAUCCUGGGGACCAUGGAGGGCAGCCUCCACAUACGAGAUUUAUGCAGCCUGAACGCUCCGGUAGCGCCCCUGGCCUUGAAGGUUCCCGUGAGGAGCGUGUCUGUCACUAAAGAGUGCAGCCACAUCCUGGUGGGACUGGAGGACGGGAAGUUGAUUGUGGUGGGGGCCGGGAAGCCAGAGGAGGUUCGCUCAGGACAAUUCUCCCGUCGCAUUUGGGGCUCCACACGGCGCAUCACUCAGGUGUCGGCAGGUGAAACCGAGUAUAAUCCCACUGGGAAUGCUGGCAAAUGAGAUGAGCAAUGGUGGAGGAACUCUGAGGACUCUGUAGGUUGCAUACACCUGCGCUCGCCAAGAUGCUCGCCAGACUCAACAAAGCCUUUGUUCCCUUUACACGCUGGGAAACUCUCCUCCUCACUCAGCCACUGAUCUCUCUGAGAGAGCAACUAUACACUGUGCACUUUUUUAAAAUUCUUAACUGAUUUGAUAUUUUAUUGUGUAUUUCAUUUACUGUUUUUAAUCAGCAUCAUUCCAAAGAGUGGCCUUAUUUUUGUGGGUGGACAAGAGCUCGGUGUUUGAACCCACUGUUGAACAGUGAGUCAUGUUUCAGGGAUGUGACUCAUGCUGAUGCACACGCAGCGUCAGACACAGAGAGGAGUAAUGCCGUGAACUCUCCAGGCUCCGUGUUCUUGGUUUAUUUCUUGUCAGAGGAACAGCUGUGAGCCAUGUGCUGUCUGUUGAAUGUCCCAAAGUCAUUGGUUUGGCGAUGGCAUCUUCUUAAAACUCCUGGAAACUUGAAAACUGCUGUAGAUGUUAAUCGAGAUUUCCAUAUUGCAAUACUGGUGAAUGCCACACGGGGGAUUGACUCUGUAAAAAAAAAGAAGAUAUACAGGAGGUAACUGAUCACUGUAGUGAACCGAUGCUGUGUUGUGAUCUUCAGCGGUCGACAUCAGGAUUUGCUGCAGCAGAAGUGCACCGCAAUACCACAGUGUAUAAUCCUGCAUUCCUCUAGGCUCAAUGUAAAACUGUUACAAUUAAAGCAAUAACUGCUUUAAUGGUCAAGUAUGUGAAUAUAUUCACUUUUUUAUCAUAACUGUGGAGCUUGGAUGCAUUGCAGCUCAAGAGGAGUGCCUCCUGUUGCCUUACACACACAAUGGAGUAAAGACCUUUACACAUGUGUCUUUUGUUAUUACUGUUCACCACACGACUAUAUCCCUGUUUUAUUUCUGAAAAGUGCCUUUUUUAGCUUUUGUCUAGAGCCAUGUAUAAACACUGAAAUCCAAUCAUCUAUGUAAGAUCACUAUAUAUGUCAGACUGUACCCCUGCUGAUCUGAUUUAAACCCACUUUACUACUCUACUAUGACUCCCAUGUUGUUAAUGAACACAGUAAACUGUUGGCUGGAUGCACAUACUUGCCUGUACUAGUAUUGUACUCUGUUUUAUGAAGCGCUGAAAAACAUCUGAAGACACGAUGACUCUGAAACACGUGAGCACAGAGUCUGUGAGCGAGUUUCAGAGGAAUUCACUUCCUGCCAGCUUCUUUUGCUGUGGUCGGAACAAAGUAGUUGUUAUGCAGCGUCAUGACAGGACGGAGACAAAGGGAACUAUUUGGGCGAAUGCAAUACCCAUAACAUGGCGCAUACACACAAAUUACCUAGUCUUUGGAAGUGAUGUUCAGAAUAACCUUUAGUGUAAGCAAGUAUAAAAGAAACGUGUAUUUGAAAUGGUGUUUACUUUCAUCUGCUUUCCACCCUGGGAAAUCACAAAAUCAGUACAUUCAGCCUGUCUAAGAUCACAUUUUAUUCAACUGUAAGAUGAGAUCGACUGUGUCUCAUCUCAUCUGUGAAAAUAAUGGAUUGUUUGCAUCAGCAGCUGCUCAAUUACACAUUUGAUCAUCUACUUUGCUAUUGUGCAAACUGAUAUCAAUUCAUGUUAACGCUGCUCUGUUUUGCUCGAAAUGUCAUGAAUGUUAUAUUUCAUUUAAUUAUGCAGUAACACUCAGAGUCUUUAGUUUAAUCUAUGGAGCUCAGAACAGAGGCUUCCUUUCAGCAUUGGGUCUUUACAAUCACAAACGUGGGUUGAUGAUGUUUUUGGUAUUAUUUGUUGUUUAAAUGUCCUGAUUUCGGUUCUACAAAAAAGCACUGCCUUGUAUUUAGAUUAUUUAGCUUUUGUAUUGUUCUUGGAAGAUGUUGAAAAUACACUUUACUUUUUAAAAA